GGCAGGAGUCGAGACCUGAUCCAAACAUCGACUGCAUCUUCCCAAAACCAAGUAUGGAUUAUAUGCAGUUACAGAAACUCUAGAGGAAGAGGACUUUCGGUGCAUCAUGCACGCCUCACUCGGCCCAUCCGAAACUUAUUUCGUUCAAGGCAUGACGGGAACAGACCAGAUGCUAUCGAUAUGGCUCGAAUUUUCGGGUUUCCCCGAAGAGGACCCAGACAUGAUAUCCCGCAUCUGGUGGGGCCAUUCAAACACGUACGUGGUCGAGCGCAGGGAUGGGAGCAGAACUUGGUCUCUCGGCACCAACUAUGCAGGAUUAAGCGACUAUAUCCGCUGGGGCGUCAAUGGGUGCAGUGAAAUCAAGGCACUGGCACUCGAUCAGAAGAAUGGCCAGUCAUGGAUCAUUAUUUUCACAAACGGCGAAGUGGCAUAUAGCCGCCGGGCCAACAAGUCGGACGACAAGUUCGACCACUUCGGGUUUGAGGAGUUUGCGGCCCGGAACUUUGGAUGCGACUUUGGAUUCAUGGAAGAGACAAAGAAGGAAGCCACCCCGAGAUCCAGUGGUCCAAUGUCCAAGCCAAAGGAGGCCACGCUGUAAUGUAAUUACGGCCGUCGAAUUCCAGUCAUCGCGAAAACGAGGCGGGAAUUUCUGGCUCCCUUAUUUCGACUUGAGAAAUAUCGGCCGGAUAUUGCUAGGGAGUAUGGUCGAGGAGUUCCAGGUUGAAACUAACACGACGCCAUAUCGCUGAGUUAUAAUUACGACUUCUACAAGUCAGACUUGUCAAAGUGAAAGGGCCUAUCCUAGUCACCACAUACACACUAAAUCGAACACAAUUAAGCAUUUGCCCCGGCACCGCAAAA